AUGCAUGUCUUAGUAACAAACGAUGACGGUCCGCCGUCUAACCAGUCCUCUCCAUACAUUCACUCCCUUGUCCAUUCCCUCCAAAGCGCCGGUCAUACAGUAUCAGUAAUCCUCCCCAACCAACAACGGUCAUGGAUUGGCAAAGCGCAUAUUGUCGGUGCCUCCGUGAAGCCGACGUAUUUUCGCCCGGGCACUCUGCACCACGACGACGGUACCAUCCACCCUCUACCCCGAGGCAGUGAAGAAGGCGACGACGAAGAAGGCGAUGAAUGGGUAUUGAUCGAUUCUACACCUGCAAGCUGUGUUCAAAUCGGAUUGUAUCACUUCUUCCAAAACCGAGGGCCAAUUGAUAUUGUUGUCUCGGGCCCGAAUUACGGCAGAAACACCACGGCAGUCUUCGCGUUGUCGAGCGGAACGAUAGGAGGUGCAAUGGAGGCAGCAGUCAGUGGCAAGAGGGCUAUUGCUCUAUCAUAUGCUUUCACUUCCAGACAUCAUGAUCCGGAGGUCAUUGACGAGGCGUCGAAACAUUCGGUUCAAUUGAUAGAGUACUUACAUGCCAACUGGGACGAUGCGGUUGAUUUAUAUACGGUCAAUGUGCCCCUCGAGCCAGGUAUCAGCAAGGCCAAAGUUGUAUAUACGCAUAUGCUUCACAACCAAUGGUCGAGUGGCAGCUGCUUUGAAGCCAUUGAUGCGUCUGCCUCGGGCGACGAACCGGGUCUGCAGGAGCAGAACUUACGAGAAGGGAGCGAGGGUCAAUUGCAGCAUGGGGCUUCAUCUGUCUCAAAGAAGAAAACCUCAUUACAGCAUAAGCACUUCAAGUGGGCUCCUAAGUUGACCGAUGUCUAUAAGAGCGUGGAAGAAAGCAAGGACGGAAAUGAUGGUUGGAUAGUCAAAGAGGGAAUGACGAGUGUCACUCCACUCAGGGCAAAUUUUAUGCAUGCAACUGGCAUCCAAGGGGAGAUCAAGCUAGGAACCAGAAAAAAUGAUAACUUCGACUUUUACUGCAUUCUUAAUUACGAAGACAAAUACGUCCAGCCUUUGCUUGAAGAACUAUUCGACAACCUCGUGAGCGAUAACAGCUGCAAGAUCAUCAAGUCUAUCGCAGACCUGCCCGACCCUUCACAACCGGUGUUGCAGUAUCGGGCCUACGAAGAGAUUGACUUCGACCAUAUCAUGUCACAUCCGUCAACGUCCUUGACAAAUUCCUUCAUUAUUCGCAAAGCCCUUAUUAGGAAACAUUACCUUUCUACUACAAUUGCCAACUGGGUUUCGAAAUAUCCUGACAGCAUCCUGAAGGAACAUUUCAAACCAGCGUUUGAUUUCGAGCUGGACUUUGCAGAAUUUCUUGAUGAAGCGUUGCUGGAGGCGUAUGAGUUACGCGAGAGCUUAGAUAAAAAUGAAUCAAGACCAGAUAACGAGAAGGAAUGGUGGAUCUUGAAACCGGGAAUGAGUGACCGUGGACAAGGUAUUCGCCUUUUCAAUAGUGAGGCUCAGCUUCAGGCAAUAUUUGAAGAGUGGGACGUCGAGGAAUCAGAUGAAGAAGAUGAGGAGGAAGAAAAUGAUGAGGAUGGUACACAGGAUGAAUCGGGCCCAAGACUCAAUCCAAAUAAUGAACAAGGAGUUGUUACAUCGCAGCUCCGACACUUCAUCGCUCAACCAUACAUACAUCCGCCUCUGCUUCUCCCUUCGGCUUCCGGGAGGAAGUUCCAUAUCCGCACUUAUGUCCUCGCAGUAGGAUCACUCAAAGUACAUGUAUUCAAGGAAAUGCUUGCUCUUUUUGCCGAGAAGCCCUACAAGGCUCCGUGGGAAGAAGACGACGAAAUUCGAGAUUUGAGCAGGCAUUUGACAAACACUUGCCUUCAAGAGAACGGCAACUCUACCGAAGGCACAGUAAGGCGAUACUGGUCACUAGAUGAUGAUGUCCCUGGUUUGGAGUCAGGCUGGAAAGACAGAGUAUAUGACCAAAUAUGCGCAGUCACUGGGGAGACAUUUGAAGCCGCGUCCCGGGGUAUGCUUGUACACUUCCAGACCUUGCCUAACGCCUUUGAACUUUUCGGUCUGGAUUACCUGGUAGAUUCCGCAGGAAAUGCAUGGCUUCUGGAGGUGAAUGCUUUCCCAGAUUUUGGACAAACUGGCGACGAUCUCAAACACGCUGUGGUUGGACGACUGUUUGAGGCUACAAUCAAUGUUGCCAUCAAACCGUUCUUCGCUAGUUCACCUGCAACAGACGCAGAUUUGAAACUCGUCGCUGAUAUAGAUCUCGGGCGAAAAGCAUGA